AAGAUAGUAGGCUGUGUCUAGCUGUAUAAGUACCAGUUGGAAGACAGGAUGGACAGUACAUAUAGAACACGAGAUGUUUUUUUAUAUUCAAUGGCAUUGAUUUACAUGUUCGCAUUCGGGUCCUGGUUUAUACAAAUUCCAGGUUUGUAUGGUGACAAUGGUAUCCUGCCGAUAAAAAACCUUCUCCAGACAGGACAAAACUUAUCAAUCGAAUCUCUUUUCUCAAGGCUACCGACGUUACUGUGGCUUUUUCUCUUUUAUGGAUUUUCUCAUCAAACAUCAUUUGAACUUCUUUGCCUAAUUGGUACAUUUCUGUCUUUUGUUUGCCUACUUUUUAGAAGUGCCAGAAUCUUACCUGUUUAUGCAUUGCUGUGGUUCAUGUACUUUUCUUUAUUUCAGGUCGGUCAGACAUUUUCAUGGUUUCAAUGGGAUACUCUGCUACUAGAAUCGGGCUUUUUAGCAAUACUUGUUUCACCUUCAACACCAAGUUCAGAGCAUCGAAAUAGUUCUUUGCAACGUUUACCUUUCUUCCUGGUGAAAUGGCUCUUAUUCCGACUCAUGUUUGCAUCGGGAGUCGUCAAACUUACAAGCAUGUGCCCAACUUGGUGGGGUUUGACAGCUCUGCAUUAUCACUUUGAAACUCAGUGCAUCCCGACACCAUUAUCCUGGUGGGCUCAUCAACUUCCCAAUUGGCUUUUAAAACUGAGUGUUGUUGGAACAUAUGUGAUUGAGAUAGCAUUGCCUUUUCUCUUUUUUGCUCCAGUGAGAAGAUUGCGCCUUAUUGGGGUUUAUGGCCAGGUCUUCUUAAUGUUUACAAUACUCCUGAGCGGGAAUUACAAUUUCUUUAAUUUUUUGACGUUGGCUUUGUGUCUGGCUGUCAUGGACGAUAAACAUUUGAAUCUUUUUCUCGGGAAGUCACGUUCACCAGGUAGAAGUCUACGACAACAAAGGAAAUCCAAUUUACAGAAACUGCAACAAUAUCUUUCAUGGUUCUCUACUCUUAUGGCUUGCAUCGUUAUUGUCUAUUAUACGAUCCAAUAUUUCAGUCUCCAGUUUUUCAAAAAUGGCGACCCGGUCUACACAAAAACUGUGUUUUCCCAAAAGCAAUUUACUGAAUGGGUGGAUGGUGCUGUCAUUGCAAGCAUUUGGAUUGGAGGAAUAAAUUUACUCUGGGAAGCGAUAGUAUCCUUAUAUUUAUGCCUUCGAAGUAAAAAUGUCUUCCAAAUAAUAUGGAAUCUACUGAAAUACAUUUCCGUAUUGGGAGUUUGUGGCUAUAUGUUCUGCAUAAGCAUGGUUCCAUUCAAGACUCUAAUGACAGACAAAGGCUCUUGGCCAGUGUUGCAGAGGUGGCACGACACUUCAAAUAAAUAUCAAUUGGUACAUUCAUAUGGAUUGUUCCGUUCUAUGACUGGGGUCGGAGGUCGCCCAGAAGUCAUUGUAAAAGGAAGUCACCUAGAAAAUGGGCCAUGGCAGGAGAUUGAAUUCCAAUACAAGCCAGGAAAUACUUCAAGAAGUCUUCCGUGGAUUGUUCCCCAUCAACCUAGACUGGACUGGCAGAUGUGGUUUGCGGCUCUCGGACAAUAUCAACAAAACCCGUGGUUUUUAAGCCUUGUCGACAAAAUGUUAUCCGGAGAGGAAACUGUGGUCAAAUUACUGGAUAAGGACUCUUAUCCGUUCAAAGAAACUCCUCCGAAAUACAUCAAAGCAGAGUUAUAUCAUUACCACUUCACUCUCUUGACUAAAAGCGGCAACAUACCCAAAGGGAUUUGGAGAAGGAAAAAAGAACGCACAUACUUACCAAGGGUGGAUAAAAAUGACAAGCAGUUCAGACAGUUUUUAAAGUUUCACAACCUGGAUUCUAAGAAAUCGAAGAAAAAAGAAGAGAAAGGCACGGUGGUAGACAUGAUUCGAUUAAUAAGAGAUUAUUCUGAAAUGUUGCCUGUUCAUGUUCUGCUAUGGUCACUGUGGUUUACAGCUAUGAUCAUCUCUGUAUCAAAGAGCUACAUUACGAGAAGAUGAAGUAGAAAAAAGUAUAUUGCACUGGAAUUGGAAUAAAUAACUGCCAUCAUCAUCAAUCAUGUUCCUAGUACUGGUUUCUUUGUGUCUGUUGGAUUUUCAUAAGCUUUCAAAAUAUCUGUAAUGAAAAGAAUUGUUAUUUCAGAUUUCUUCAAUCAUGUUUCAAAUUCAAAUAAAAUAUAUCUGCAAGCUCACCGAG